AUGCGUUUUGUUGUUGUAGAGUUUGUUACAUCAACAGCGACGGGAACAAAGGCUGAUCCUACUACGGCUCCUCCUUCACACUUCACACCGACUGUAUCCUCUAAAUCGCUAACUACAAAUGUAACCGAUACAGAAGUGGCUGCUGCGUCUGCAGCGCCCAACACUCGAGAAUUUGAUGUUGCAUCUACUGUUAAAACCUCCAUAUCAACAUCACAAACAGUUUAUAUAGAGUAUGCGUCUUCAUCAACGGUAGCUUUUUCACCUGGAGUUUCGAAUGCAACGCCAAUUAUAGAUGAAACACAUUUGCCGUCUAUAGUUUCGUCUUUGAAAACAAUGCCAGAUCGUACUACGGCUCCCACAGAUUUCAAAUCUGUUGUGUCCACGACGUCUAUCGUCUCCUCAACAGAAACAACGCAUGAUCCUUCGGAUCCUACAGAAUUCACAUACAUGUCUACGCUGUCUAUCGUUCCCUCUACGGCUACGGAAUUAACGCCAGAUCCUACUACAGAUUACAAACCUGUCGUGUCCUCGCCGUCUAUCUUCUCCUCGACAGAAACAACGCAUGAUCCUUCUUCCACUCCUACAGCAUUCACAUCCAUGUCCACGAUGUCUAUCGUGCCCUCUACGGAAUUAACGCCAGAUCCUACAACAGAUUACAAACCUGUCCUGUCCUCGCCGUCAAUCUUCUCCUCGACAGAAACAACGCACGAUCCUUCUACGGCUCCUACAGAAUUCACAUCUGUUGUGUCCCUGCCAUCUAUUGUUCAAUCUACGGAAACAACGGCCGAUCCUACGACGGCUCCUUCAUUCCAUUUCACAUCUGCUGUGGCCUCGCAGGCUACGACAUCAAAUACAGAUAGGGCGACACCAUCAGAACAGUCAACGAUAAUAAAAACAGAAAAAUCUGCGAGUACAUCAACAACCGCUCCCGAUUUAAACACGUGCGAUAAAUGCUGCAUCAAGGUAAACAGUACACUGACCGAACAUGAAAUCGAAAUGAAACAGAAUUUGUUGAAGGUUCAGUUGGCUGUAAACAAAACCAACCUGUCGUCUCAUAGGCGUAAACUAAUCAGUGUGUAUGACUCGCGGCCUAGCAGUUUAGCCAUGGGAAUAGUGGCUUGUGCCAUUCUGGUCAGUGUUGGAGUGUUUAUCAUUAUCAUGGACGCCAUCACGAUGUACAGGCUCAUGUACAAACGAUUCAUGAACAGAGUGUGA